AUGACCUUGAUACUUGAAGCUUUUCGUAACUAUUUAAUGGACAAAGACGAUGUUUUCUCAGCAAUUGGCACUGAACUUCAGCCCAUCCCUUAUUUCAAUGAAGUUGAUUUGGCCAAACUCCUGUAUGGUGCAAAAGCAAUUAUUUCAAAAGAAAACUCUUUGCUUAAAUUGGAUGGCCGUUUCUGUGUAAUUGGUGACAUACAUGGAAACUUGCAGGAUCUCCUUCAAAUCUUGGCGAAUCAAGGAAUGCCCCCAAUGACUCAAUAUCUGUUUUUAGGAGAUUAUAGCGGAUCAGGUUCAAACUCGGUAGAAGUAAUCGCCUUGUUACUUGCUCUUAAGGUGUGCUUCCCGAAAUACGUAUAUUUGUUGAAAGGUCAUGAGGAAUGUAUUUGUAACAACAAUAAUUCCACUUUCUUCCAGGAGGUAGUAUCAGAAUAUUCAGAAGGUCUCUGGGAUCUAUUUGUUGAAACGUUUGAGCAGCUUCCAUUAGCUGCAAUUAUUUCUAACUCAACAUUUUGUGUCCAUGGUGGUAUAGGUCCAAAUAUCACCUCAUUAGAAGCAAUUUCAUCCAUUAAACGUCCAGCUAUUAACUCUGAUAUCGUUUCAACUUUAAUUUGGAGCGAACCAACUGAGGUUACAAGAGAAUAUAUGGCGCUCCCAGAAUUUGGUAGCUAUCUAUAUGGCGUUGAUGCGAUUCAAAAAUUCUUAAGGCAACACAAACUCCAAAGAAUUGUAAGAUCUCAUGAAUUUGCAGAGCAAGGCAUUAAACGCUUCCAUGGUGCUAACUUAUAUUCUGUAUUCUCAUCUUCCUGCUAUGGAAAUACUAAUAAUAUAAGUGGCUGUCUCCUGAUUCAUGAUCGAAUGAUAGAAGGUUUUACUUAUGAGCCAAUUGAAAAACUUCCUAGAAAUCAGGAGUCAUACACCAAUGUAGAAAACACUUUCUUUAGACGUGUUGUUGAAUCAGAUAAAAAUGUCAAAUGUCGUAUCAGAAUAGCUAACUCUAUGUCAUAUCAAAGUCUUAGCCCAAGUGGAUCUAAUCUUCCUCCACUCAGAAGAUCGACAAGUUUGCUUAAUUAA